ACCGUUACCCACUCCAUACUGAUACUUUUAGUCAACAGACACAUAAAACAUCAAGCGAAUUCUCUUUACCAACUGUAUUGUGCGAUCAAUUCUUUAGCCCCGAUUUGCAGUCGUUGCUGUGAGCAGGUGCACGAGAAGACUCUCCUCCUGGUUUUGGAUCAAUACUGGCACGCAAAGUGUCUCUACUGCCCCGACUGCGGAGUCUCCUUGAUUAGCAAGUGUUUUUACCGUGAUGGGGAAGUCUACUGUCGUGAGGACUUUUUCAGACGUUUUGGGACCAAAUGUGCCAGCUGCGAGGAGGGAAUUCCACCGAAUGAGAUGGUGAGGAAGGCGCAUAACCACGUCUACCAUCUGGAGUGCUUCGUUUGCCACGUCUGUGCGCGAUCACUCAACACCGGCGACGAGUUCUACCUCCUGGCAGACCGCCGACUGAUGUGCAAAGCUGAUUUCACCAUGAUUAAAACCCAAGAAGCUGAUCUGGAAAAUGCAAACAAGAGGCCACGGACCACGAUAACCGCGAAGCAACUCGAGGCAUUGAAGAAAGCCUAUGCCGAGGGGGCGAAGCCUUCAAGGCACGUUCGUGAGCAACUCAGCGCCGAAACUGGUCUUGAAAUGAGAGUCGUUCAGGUCUGGUUCCAGAACCGAAGAGGGACUUGUGCCUCCUCAGAAGCCUUGUGUAAACAAGGGACGCGUUGGUGUUCUCUCAAUAAAUUUGAAAAAUAUGACUUAGUGCUAUUCUGCCACUGCAAUAUGCCACUCUAG